AUGAAUUUUCAAACGACAAUAUUUCAAACUCCCCUAAGAGUUAUGAUUAUAAACCCGCUCAUACCAGCGUCACAGUUAACUAUUACCAAAAUGUUGAAAGGGGUAAUUUUUGGCAAGAAUCAAUUAAUUGAUUUGAUAUUGUUGGUAUAUGCAAAUGAGACGGAGCCAGCAGAGGAACUAGCACAUGAGUUAAUGUCCUGUGCUUUUCCAGGUUAUAAUUCAGUUAAAGUAACUUCAGACUUGCCUCGUUUAUCUGAUGCUGACGUGUUUUGUUUCAUGACUAAUUUCGCAAAUCCGAAUUCCUUUGAUUGGGAAAAUAUGGAUUCUACUGAGCAAUUUGAUAAUUUAUAUUUGAUAGUCAAAAUUGCUUCUAAUUUUGCGAAGCCAUUCACCGAAGAAGAACCACAGACAAACCCUAAGAAAAAGCCAGUUGUGCCACCUCACAAACCUGUGAAACCUGUAAUUGUUGCUGACGGAUUGCUAGUAAUCGAUAUCAUACACAUAAUAGCUCCCAAUAUACCUACUGAUAUGUUGUUCUGUAGUACAUCGCUGAGAUCUAUCGCAAAAAUUGUAUUGAGUGACUACCUCAAGGUGCGUUGUUGGGAUAUCAACCAUAGUUAUGUUUGGGCUGCAAACGAUUUAGUAUUCCAUGCUGAAAUCGAAAUGCCUUUUCUUAAGGGUGAUAUAAUAAGUAAGGAAGCCAGGUGUGAUUGGAAUGCCAUAUCCCAGCAAAAAUUUGAAGAACUUAAGUUGGAGCAUUUUAACUUCAAUGCCUCGUGGAUGAAGAUAGAAUUUAUCGAGAGGAUGCUUGCUUCAUCAUCGACAAACCCAUAUGGAUGCAUCUUUAAAGCAUGCGAAAUGUCAAAGACUAUGCAUUCUAUUUGGAAACCACGAUUAAUUGAGGAAGCAACUGCUCCCAAUAUUAGUUUGGGUGUCAUAAGUGAUGGUUCUUUAGGAACUAUCAGAGGAUUGCCCUACGUCCUACCGCUAAUAAUACAGAAAGACUCUUGGAGUGUUGAUCAAAUGUUCGAAGAAACAAGCCAUUUGAGACACGAAAUAAAGAGAAUCAAUAAGGCUGCGAUAGAACAUCACCAAAAACUGGUUCCUUACAUAAGGAAGUUUCUACAAGACAAUAUCAUUAAGCAAGAAUUUAUCCCAAGAGAUCUGGACAGUGAAAGUGAUAGCAGCAGCUAUUCGCCUACUGUAGCCAGCAGCGAAACCUAA